AUGUCGGACACAGAACAAAAUCAACCGGUGUCGGUUGCCAAUGAAAAGUCGGAAAUAUUCCGAUUCAAUGCCAGCAUUAUCUCCUAUUUACACACUACAUUCGCCUAUUCCGCAUUUGUCGUGGCGGUUGGUGUAGGCUGUUACUUGCAUUACUACAAAAUUGUCCAGAAUGCCUCGUAUGGAUACCCCGAUGAAUGGUUCCCUAGUGUUUCUGCAACUAUUGGUGAUCGAUAUCCAGAACGGUCAAUUUUCCAAAUCUUGAUUGCAUUGACAGCCGGACCAAGAUUCUUAUUGUUGUUUUUCAAUUUCCUUUGUCUUUUCAAACAGAAUUCUUAUUUGCCUUAUGUGGGUUUACUUAGUGGGACCUUGAGAACAUUCACUGCUGGUGGAUGGAUGUAUAUUACAUCCACCGAUGAUCAUGAUGCCCAUGACGUGUUUAUGAUUAGUUACAUGGUGUUGACUAUUCCCUGGACCGUAUGCAUCACUUUAUUGUCGGAACGCAACUCCUUCCAACGUAAAGCCAGAUUCUACAGCGCCACGGCAUUCUUCCUGACUAUUGUUCCCUUGAUUUACUGGUUUAUCCAACACAAGGUCCAUAUUGUUGCUGGCGCAUAUUCAGUCUACGCGUACUUUGAAUGGGGGCUAAUCUUUUUGGAUAUUCUCUUUGACUCAUGGUCGGCAAUUGACUUCAGCAAAGUCGACAUUGUUCUUAGUGGUCUGGCAAAAAAAAAGCCUAUUGAAAAGCCAGUAGUCAAAACCAAGUCGAUUGGCGAUGAGUUUACUGUUUUUGAACUCUUGGCUAAUCUUGGGAAUUCGUUUGUUUUUUGGUCAGUCUCGACCUCGAUCUUUUUAUGUGUCUGGUAUUUCCCAUUAUGGCACAUGGGACUCUCAGGUUAUGAAGCUGUUAUUACUUGUUACUUUUUAUCACCAUUGUUAUUGAUUUUACCAUUUGUUAGACGUUUUUUUACAAAGUUUACAUAUAUCACUCGUGUUUUGACGGUUGUUUUAGGCGUGGGUGCAUUUAAAGUCCCUGAUCCUGAACAAAGAUUAUUGGUGAUUACUGCAGGGACAUCAUUCGCGGUAAUUUCGCUUAUUAUUGAACUAGGUAUCUUGGCUGAUCAACCUAAGAAAUUGCAUUCUUAUAUUAUUACUGUUUUAUUAGGAUUAUUAGCCACUUCCAUUUCCAAAUACUUGAAUUUUUCAAAUAAUCCAAUCUGGCCAAUCAUGCAUAAUGAGAAUGGCGGGUAUAACAACAUUGGACUCUUCCUAGGCUUGCUCGCGGCUUUCUUUACUCCUGGACCCUCGUUUAAAACUGAGGACAGCGAAAAGAAGAAACCAGUGGCUAGAACCGGUGGAUCUAUUCUCCUUGCUUCAUUAGGAUUUGGUGGGUAUUUCUUUGCUAUUCAAUCAUAUCUUUCUGAUUCAGGGACAUUGGCUACAUGGAGUUGGAAUGGGUUCCCCAUUACUGGACCUACCCCAAUCACAGGUGGACCUUUACAAUUUGCCACAAUUAUAAUUGCCUUAUUCAUCACGGCUAAGUAUCACCCUAAUGUAUUUAGCGGAUUAGGCUACAACUUAGUUGUCGGAGGGGGUAGUGCCGUUGUAUUGUAUUUGUUUGAAGGGUGGUUGGGGUAUGCUGGAUCGCUUGUGUAUUCAUUCUACUUGGUCUCAAUAGGACCUAUAAUCUGGCAAGGCAUUGUAGGGUAUAAUAUUGCUGGCGCGUUUUUCCUUGCGUUUUUCGUGGAUAUAAUAAUCUCAUUGGGAAGUGUGUGGAUUGUCGCCUAUGCCUUUGUUCCUGGAGGUCCGUUGUUACGUGAACGUACUGAUAUUAUCUUGUUUAGCUCGUUUGUCCUGAUUUUAGCUGGUGUGGCCAAUUUCAAUUUACGCAAGGGCACAAUUAUCAAGACUACGUUUAUCAGCGGUACUUUCUUGAAACAAACAGCCACAAUUUUAACAGUGUGCACUGCAAUUGUUCUUGCUGCAUUUAUCAAGAGAUAUCCUACCUCGGCACCUGUUCCAUACCAUGCCGAUGCCCAGAGCUUCAAUGCAGGGAUCUGGUGUGUUCAUUUCGGGUUAGAUAACGACAUGUGGUCGCUGGAAACUAGAAUGAGAGAUUUGAUUCGUGAUGCCGAGCUCGACAUUAUUGGACUUCUUGAAAGUGACACCCAGAGACUUAUUGGUGGAAAUCGGGAUUUCACCCAGAAGAUUGCUGAGGAUUUGGGAAUGUAUGUCGAUUAUGGUCCUGGACCCAACAAGCAUACUUGGGGAGCUGCCCUUUUGUCAAAGUUCCCUAUUAUUGAAAGCAGACACCAUUUGAUGCCUUCUCCUGUGGGUGAAUUGGCACCUGCCAUUUUUGCCACUUUGGACAUAUAUGGUGAAUUGGUUGAUGUCAUUGUGUUCCAUCUGGGACAAGAAGAAGACGUAGAGGAUAGAAGAUUGCAGACUCAGGGAGUCACUGAAUUAAUGGGCAAUUCCACCCGGCCAUUGGUGUUGUUGAGUUAUUUGGUAACUGAGCCGCUCAAGGGCAAUUACAAUACGUAUGUCAGUGAACAAAGUCGGAUGUAUGAUAUCGAUAAUACCGAUUGGGACAGAUGGUGUGAGUACAUUUUGUUUAGAGGGGUUAAAAAAGUGGCCUAUGCGAGAAUUUCCAGAAGUACAAUCACCGAUACCGAAUUGCAAGUUGCUAAGUUUAAGUUGAUGACUGAUGAAGAGAAGCGAGAUGAUGAUCUCGGGUUCUACUAUGGUAAUAAUUACAUCAACGAGGAGCAAGUUGAUGAAAACUUAAGAAUGCCUCGCAUGUUUAGAGGUGAAGGGGUUAGAGGACAUAGAUACCAUGUGUUUGAUGAGCCUAGAUACUUUGCUCAACACAAAUCACAGAUUGUGAAGGAUGAACCGGUUGAAGAAGCACAUGAAGAACAAAGUCAAAAUCACGAAGAACGUCAAAAUAACGAAGAUUAAUUAGAUUUAUGUAAACUUUUGGAAUAAAUACGUAAUUUUAUAAACUAUUUUACGAUGAACCUAACAAAGCUUCGGCUUCAUCUCCAUCUCCAUUUCCACCUCCGUUGUUAUUUGGUUGGCUCUCAAGUUCAUGCUCGUGCUGCUGUUCUUGUUGGUUUCUCAUUUCAUAUAGUCUAAUCUUCUUCUUGAUUCUCUUGAUCUGCCAUUUGACAGGAACAAGAGGAACAACACCGUGUCUUUCUUCAUACAACUUGACUUCCAACCAUACAAUAACAAACAACCAAUACAAGCAAUAGCUAAUGACACUACCGUAGGUGGCAGAAUUAGUCCAACCAACAAGAGCAUUAGCCACCAUCCACCACCCGUCUUUCAACCCAUUACAACAAUUGACAUGCCAUACACUAGUGGCGACAUCAUAACUACCAGGACCACUUCCAGUUUCACUAACGUCCAAUCCACCACAAGCACGUACAUACUUUUCCAAUUCCAAGAACCAGACGCCUCGUGACAUUAAUCCGGCCGACACGGUGUAAAGGAAGCAUGUCAGGAAGAUAAGGAAAUAUUGAAGGGAGAGUUUGUUCCCGCCUCGAUAGAGAGUGUACCCGAUGAUCAGACCGAGUGUGAUUCCCGAUAUGAUGGCAAGUGGAAGAGAUGUUGGUGGUUGCGACAUACCGAUUCCCCCUACGAAAACCACGGCUUCAAGACCUUCACGAAGCGUGGUGACUAAUGGAAGUAUGGCAAGAAAGUAACGUUUUGUGAAUGAUUGUCUGUGGGUGUGGGAUCUGGUGCUAGCCUGUUCUAAGGCUCUGCUGGUACCUGUUAAUGGAACCUCUUCGGAUUCUGUGCUUGAUCUAGUUCCUCCAUAAUUGACGUUUUCAGCUAUGCUAUCUUCUUCAAUAUCGUCAUCACCCAACUUGGCAAUCUCCUCUUCGCCUUCUUCACUGAUAUCAUUAUUGUAUGCAUCACCUAAUUUGAUCCACCACUUGAUCUUCAUGACUUUGUUAAUCCGGAGUAAACUAAUCCCCAUGAUGGUAAUAAUUAUACUAGACAAGAGGGAAAAUACACCUUCCCAUACUCGUUCGGUAUAUGACCAGUAGUCCUUACCGAUAAAGUAGAAACUAAUAAUGAAAAUUAACCCAAUGAUGAAACAAACGACUAGUCCAAGAAUAGCACCGAUCCAUACUUGGAGUUUCAACUUGCGUUGCACUUUUUGCAAAUGGGUAUGGGCAGCAUGCUGUUCGGGCGAUGAGUCCUCGGUGAGUUCUGGUUGUUUGUGGGAACGUUGGUUUAUGAACGACAAGAGAACCGAGAUGAUGAUAGCGGUCUCCAAUGUCUCUCUCAAGAUGAUAAAGAAGAUCUGAAUUGAAAAGUACUGUUCAAAUUCGAUCAUCUUUUGCAGUUGUUGUUGAAGAAGAGGCUUAUUGGCUACUUCG